AUGGAUGCACAGCCCAAUAUGAAUAGCUGGCUGGGUCCGAAUCAUGCAGGUGUCGAGCAGCCGCUGAGCAACCAUUACCCCGGCUGGUCGUCGACAGCUGCGAGUCCUAGCAAUCAGCCGUCACCUCGCCGAGAGCAUGCUGUACAGCCGCCAUUGUUGACAACAGCAUUGAGCGGCCCUCAAUACCAGGGUCUUGGACUAACACCGACGCCUUCAUCGUCAACCUCGCUUUCGAGCCCGUUUACGCACAGUCUAUCGCCUGCUGUUCCAUCGCCUGUUAACAGCAGAUCGGUUUCAUUGUCUUCCAUGGCGUCUAGGAACGCAUACAAUGUUCCUUAUAAUCCCCAGGACUGGGGUCCUCCGGGCAGGCCCCAGUCGCAGGCCCCGUAUCUUCAGCCAGGCGCUAUGCAUCGUGUGACGCCGCAAAGAAAUAAUCCGGAUGUGCCGCUGUCUCCACCUCCUCCGCCAUACUCACCCCCCAGCAACCAAAAUCGAACGUCCCCGGACUUUUCUGGUCAGCCAAAUUCUAACUUUGCCGGAACGCCUUCUCCACCGGACAACAGGGCGGGUGGGUUUGAUAUGCCUGUCCAGUAUCAAAGACGCUCAAACCGGCCCCGGCCGCUAUCUAUGGCUUACCCGUCUGACUUGGGGUCUCAGCGCCAGUCGCUACCUCCUCCACCUCCCCCGCAGGGACAUCCAGCGAGUAGAUCUGUUUCUCAAGGUCGAGUGGAGUACCAUGGCAUGCCCUAUAAUGACCAAACGCAAUAUAAUGCUGCAGCUAGUCUCAGGCCUCGGCUCGCACAGUAUGACCAGGGCCAACCGUCACCCGGCUUUAACGAGCAAAUGCCUCUAACACCUGCUCACUUUGAGACACCGUCGCGUGCCCCUGGAUCCCGAAGAGCCGCAUCUGCUGGGGCUGUGGUAAGCAGUGCGGGAUCAUCAAGGGCAACGAGUCAGUCGCGAAACCGAUCGCCGUCAAAUAGUACAUGGGAGCCCGGGAUGCCACUUCCACCGCCACCUCCAGGGCCUCCUCCCGCUGCAAGGUCCGUCAGCGUGAGUGGCUCAUCAGAAUCAUCUCUGAGAACGCCCCAGAGCUCGAACAGGACGACAAGAAGGGGACCUCCCGUGCUAGGAACAGGACUGGGAAGCAUCCCUCCUACACCAGCUGACUGGAUAGACGAGGGAUAUUUGAACAGUCGACCAACCGAGAAUUUAUAUGUUGACACGGCAAAAGCGGCCAAGGCACCAGAGCCGACAGAUGGAGAUCCCCACGAUUCAUCGAAUCAAAGAACUCCCGGUAGUGGCGGUCUUUUCCGCAGCCCAGCAGUCCGCGAUCCGAGUGCGAAGGGCAUCCGUGAAAGGCGAAUUGAACGACGUAACCGGCAAAGUCAGGUCUUUGAACCCCCAAGUGCGGUAUCGUCAAAUGGUAAUCCUUGGGCCGAUGCUCUCGAGCAGAUCAAACCGUCAAACCUGAUUCUACCAGAACAGACCAGUAGCCCAGGUCAAGAUCGGCAUCCGACGUCGGGAAAGUACAAUCAAACCCCUGGAAGUACCCGCAGCAUUAAAUCAGAAGGACAACAUAUUGCCACGCGGCCUCGAGCAUCGUCCAGCGCUGUCGUUACAGAACAAUCACCCUACACGACUCCCAGACAACUACCUAGCUCUGCUGGUCCCUCGACUGCAUUUGCACAUACGCCUCCAUUCUCGCCAAAUCCAAAUGGGCUGGGCUCGUCAACAUAUCCCAAAGAAGCCACCCAAGCGGUACCACCAAAGGCACUACCGACUCCCCCUCUCAAUUCAGCGAAGGAGGUCCGGCCACGCUCACGCUCCCGUGCACCAUCCCGGGGACCGGAAGACCGUCCAAUCUCUCAUAUUCUCCAUAUGCCUAACGAUGCCGUAUCGAUAAUGAAACCCCUAUCGCCACGCCGAACGCCAGGACAGCAAACGACGCAGGUGUCAAUGGAAUCGAUCCUUAGACAAGAUCCUGCUUUCCUGCAGGAUGCGAUUCAAAGGCACAAGAUCUUUAUUGAUAAAGAAGCCAGUGCCGAGGAUGAUACUGAAGCACUGAAACUAUUUGCGGACUACAUGCUCGCCGAAUCUCAGAUCCGGCGUCAGCGAUACGCCAAGGUCUGGGAAUCUUUCCAAGUGGAGGAUGUGCGCCGCAAUCUUUUCGAAUUGCCAGUCAAGCAACCACCAACGCCCAAGCCCAAGCCCCAGCCAAAGCUUGAUAUCCCACAAAACCGAGCAGGUCGGCCGGAGUCUGCGUGGUGGAAUAACUAUCAGCCUUGUCUGUCGCCGAUUGCCAGCCUUAACAUGAGCAACGAGGAGAGCUCCCGAGGCCGUGCACCAAGUCGCUGGUGGGAAUCAGCAACCGGUUCCAGCGGCGAGGGGGGUGAGAGGCGGGUUCAACGAUCCAAGCGGGAAUCGAAGUACAUGGGAUUGCCUCGGGAGGCCAUGCUAGGGGACCAGGAGUUGACUCCUUCUCAGCCCAAAGAUGUGAGCAUGAAUUAUGCGACUACGGAGUAUGGCUCUGAUGAGUAUCCGCCUGAGAAAGUCAGCUGGCCUGAAGAUUCUCCCAGGAAUUCCAUCGAGACUGGGUAUCGCGAAGAAAGCCGCAGUUUAGAUAUCUCGCGGUUGAUUACCCUGCCUCCGCCUUAUCCCCGCCACCAUCCUGCUGUGAAUAACAGCCAUCCUGAUUUGGUUACUCACCGAACUACCGUCCGGUCAAUUACUGAUCUCGCGGAGAUCAAAACCACCAGACAUCGAUAUAAGGCCGACGUGGAGCGAAUGCUUCAAGAACACCAACAACAAGUCGACGAGGGCCAUCGCCACUUCAGAUCGAACAUCCAAAGCCAGAUCCAAGAAGGCAGUCUCACCUUUGCGGAAGCAGCCGAGGCCGAGGCAGCAAUGAUUGCCGAAGAAAACGAGCGAGAAAGGAUAAUGGUCAAACGCCAGCUAGACACGUACCAAGAAACAGUACUCAAGCCGAUGCACGCCAUUCUCGUCGACAGAAUCAACAGAGCCACAACCUGCAUCGACCAGCUGAGUAGCAUGCUCUCCGACGAUGCACAAAGCGGGACACCAGAUCAAACACAGGAAGAAGGCGACGAGAAGCCCGAGCUCCUCGAAAAACUAACGCAAUUAAAAUGGCUCUUCGAAGCCCGCGAGCAGCUCCACCGCGAGUCCUUCGACCUAAUCAGCGACCGCGACGACAAAUACAAAGCCGUCGCGUUACUCCCCUACAAGCAGACCAAAAACGAAGAUAAGCUCCGGGAGACGCAAGCCUUCUUCACGCAGGACGCACUCGACCGCCGCGUCCAGUACGAAACCGAGGCGCUAACUCGGCUCGAGACCUUCCUGGACGUCAUCGAGCAGAACGUCAUGCGAGGUGUCGAGGUGCAGCUCUCCGCAUUCUGGGAUAUCGCCCCGUCCCUCCUCGCUCUCGUGCAGCAGGCGCCCGAGGACCUGCACGGCUUCCGGGUGCAGAUUCCCGCAGACGAAUACGAGGAAAACCCGAGCUACCAUGAGCACCCGCUGCAGUAUCUGUAUACGUUGCUGUCGCAUGCAGAGAAAUCGAGCUACCAGUUCAUUGAGUCGCAGACGAAUCUGCUGUGUCUGUUGCAUGAGGUGCGGUCUGCUGUUAUGCGGGCUAAUCAGAAGCUGGUGGAGGCGCAGCGGAUUAAGCGUGGGGAGGCGGAGGAAGAUGUGAGGAGGGAAAUGCAGGAGACGAGUGCUGAUGAAGAGCUGGCUCUGACUACGGAUCUUAAGGAUAAGGUUGCUACUGUUGAGGGUCAGUGGACUGAGGCGCUAGGGAGCCAGAUCGAGGGAUUGAGAGAACGGGUGAAGGAACAGCUUAUGAGUGAAGAUGGCUGGGAGGAAUUGGAGCAAUUGGAGGAAUAG